AUGACGAAGGACGAUAAGAAUGAAGGACGAAAAAAGGACGAAGGACGAAAACGACGAAGGACGAUAAGAAUGAAGGACGAAAAAAGGACGAAGGACGAAAACGACGAAGAACGAAGUACGAGAAAUGGACAAAGGACGAAAAAAGGACGAAGAACAAAAAAAGGACGAAAGACGAAAAAAGGACGAAGGACGAAAAGGACAAGGGACGAAGGACGAAAAGGACGAAAUACGAGAAAAGGACGAAGGACGAAAAGGUCGAAUGACGAAGAAAGGACGAAGGGCGAAGACGACGAAGGACGAAGACGAAAGACAAAAAUAACGAACGACGGAAAGGACGAAGGACGAAUAAAGGACGAAGAACGAAAAGGACAAGGGACGAAGGACGAAAAAGACGAAGGACGAGAAAAGGACGAAAGACGAAAAGGACGAACGACGAAGGACGAAGUACGAGAAAUGGACGAAGGACGAGAAAAGAAUGAAGGACGAAAAGGUCGAAUGUCGAAAAGAACGAAGGACGAAAAGGACGAAGGAUGA